AUGCUGCUUAGAGCUGUUCGAUCGCCGUGCUGGCGCCCGGCGCUGUACGCACAUCCGCGUACCGCCGGUGGUUUCUCAAGCACAAGACCAACUUCAACACAGCUACGCACAUUCCACUUGAGCGCUAUCCUCCGAAAUAAACCUACAGACAAUAAAGAACCUCUAUCCAAGAACAAUGUCAACGCAAGAUCCCCGCCCUCACAACCGGAAUUGGCCAAUACCAUCGAGGUCCCGAAACUAGAGACCGAAACUAAGGUCCCCAAGAAAGAAUUGCUUAAUGAAGCAGCGAUUACGACCAAGGACCAGCGUAAGGCUGACUGGGCUAUUAUGCGGGAAAUGGCUAAAUACCUCUGGCCUAAGGACGAUUGGGGUACAAAGCUUCGUGUUGGAUCGGCUUUGUCAUUGUUGGUGGGAGCAAAGAUCCUUAAUGUUGAGAUCCCUUUCUACUUCAAAAGUAUUGUUGAUUCCAUGAAUGUCGAUUUUGCUACCCUUGGAGGAACCGCAUAUACUGUCGCUGGGUCAAUGAUCAUAGCUUAUGGCGUAACUCGAAUCGGAGCGACAUUGUUUCAAGAGCUUCGAAACGCAGUAUUUGCGAGUGUCGCACAGAAAGCUAUUCGAAAGGUGGCACGCAAUGUCUUUGAUCAUCUUCUACGUCUCGACCUCAACUUCCAUCUUUCCCGCCAGACGGGCGGCCUGACCCGGGCUAUCGACCGUGGUACAAAGGGUAUCAGCUUCCUGUUAACUUCCAUGGUCUUCCACGUUGUCCCUACUGCGCUGGAGAUCUCUUUGGUGUGCGGAAUCUUGACCUACCAAUAUGGCCUGCAAUUCGCCGCGAUCACUACCACCACUAUGGUCGCCUAUACGGCAUUCACCAUCACCACUACCGCAUGGAGAACAAAGUUCCGACGCCAGGCCAAUGCGGCCGAUAACCGUGGUGCUACGGUAGCGGUUGACUCGCUUAUCAACUACGAGGCCGUGAAGUACUUUAACAAUGAAAAGUUCGAAGUAGCCCGGUACGACAAGGCCCUGAAGCACUACGAAGAUUCGUCCAUUAAGGUGACCACUUCUCUGGCCCUCUUGAACUCUGGCCAGAACAUGAUCUUCUCGACAGCGCUAGCGGCCAUGAUGUACCUGGCCGCCGACGGAGUUGCGACAGGAACCUUGACGGUCGGCGAUCUGGUCAUGGUAAACCAACUAGUCUUCCAGCUCUCCGUACCUCUCAACUUCCUGGGAUCCGUCUACCGUGAACUGCGCCAGUCUCUGCUGGACAUGGAGACGCUGUUCAACCUGCAAAAGGUCAACGUGACGAUCCAGGAACGACCAAACGCCCAGCCGCUAGAGCUAAAGCGCGGUGGUGAGAUUCGCUUCGAGAACGUCACCUUUGGCUACCACCCGGACCGACCGAUCUUGAAGAAUGCCACCUUCACCAUCCCGGCCGGAUCAAAGUUCGCCAUCGUGGGCCCCAGUGGCUGCGGCAAGUCGACGAUCCUCCGCCUCCUGUUCCGCUUCUACGAUACCCAGACGGGCCGGAUCCUGAUCGACGGGCAGGAUGUGAGGGAUGUGACGCUUGAGAGCCUCCGGAAGGCGAUCGGUGUGGUGCCUCAGGAUACGCCGCUGUUCAACGACACAAUCGCACACAACAUUCGAUACGGUCGCAUCGAUGCCACGGAUGAAGAGGUGAAGCGGGCGGCCGAGCGUGCCCGGAUUGACCAGCUAAUUGAGGGAUUGCCUGAAGGCUACCAGACCCAGGUCGGUGAGCGUGGCAUGAUGAUCUCGGGCGGCGAGAAGCAGCGACUGGCGAUCUCUCGUCUGAUCUUGAAAGACCCGCAACUUCUAUUCUUCGAUGAAGCAACUUCUGCCCUCGAUACCUACACUGAACAGGCCUUGCUGCAGAACAUCAACAGCAUUUUGAAGGAUAAGAGUCGUACAAGCGUGUUCGUGGCGCAUCGGUUGCGCACGAUCUGCGAUAGCGACCAGAUUCUGGUGCUAAAGGAUGGACACGUAGCGGAGACAGGAUCACACCGUGAGCUUCUCGAGUUGGAUGGAGUUUAUGCGGAGUUAUGGAACGGUCAGUACUACGCUUGCAAAUCUUUCGUCCUGAUUACCCCAAAUCUUGCAAAAAUGAUUUCCAUGUAUACUGACGAACGAGGGAAUUUAGUGCAAGAGCGAACAACUGGUGAAGCCGAAGUCGAAGAACCCAUUACGCCGAAACAACCAUAG